AUGAGUGAUAAUCAGCCAUUCGAGUUGAGUUAUGUUCCAGUUGAUAAAAACAAUGUUGGACUUCUUCGAAGAAUUCAUCGUGAAACACUUCCUGUCCAUUAUGGUCGCCGUAUUUAUAAAAUGUUCGAAGAAGGAAAGAUUGCACAUGGAUUGCUUGUUUAUUUGAACAAUGAUCUCCCAAUUGGUGAAAUUUGCUGGCGUAUCGAAGAAGACGAAAAGGAUCCAAAGAUACAUAAAUUAUAUUUAAUGACAAUCGGAGUUUUACACACAUAUCAACGUCGUGGAAUCGCACGUAAGCUUUUGCAACAUAUUAUUGACGAAAAUAAAGAUGUUGAUGAAAUUUACCUUCAUGUUUUAUACAGCAAUGAAGUUGCUAUGAAAUUCUACGAAAACUUUGGUUUUACAAAGAAAGAAUUCCUUCCAGGAUAUUACAAAGCCUUGGAAAUCGGAGAUGCUUACAUUUAUUCCAUGCCAGGCUCAAAAACCACUCAAUAA